UUCUAUUAAUAAACAAGAAUUUGUUACCAUUGAGGAGGAGGGUAUAUUUUUGACAUGGAAGGAUUUGCAUGUGAGUGUUCCAAGUGGAAAGAAAUAUGCAUAUGGUCGGAAACCAAUAUUGAAGGGCCUAACUGGCUAUGCCAAGCCAGCCCAACUCUUGGCUAUUAUGGGUCCUUCUGGCUGCGGCAAGUCCACCCUUCUUGAUGCCUUAGCUGGAAGAUUGGGUUCAAACACAAAGCAAACAGGGAAGAUUCUGAUUAAUGGUCGGAGAGAAGCACUGGCUUAUGGAACAUCGGCAUACGUAACACAUGAUGAUGCCGUAUUAGCAACACUGACAGUUGGAGAAGCAGUGAACUACUCAGCACAGCUUCAAUUUCCAAACUCAAUGUCGAAGAGAGAGAAGGAAGAGAGAGCAAUCUCUACAAUCACCCAAAUGGGUCUGCAAGAUGCCACCAACACAAUGAUUGGAGGGUGUUUGUCGAAAGGCCUCAGUGAGGGACAAAAGAGGAGACUCAGCAUUUGCAUUCAGAUUCUCACCAGCCCAAGCCUUCUCCUUCUUGAUGAACCAACUAGUGGACUUGAUAGUGCUGCUUCCUACUAUGUCAUGACCAGAAUUGCAAGUCUAAAGGCAAGAGAUGGCAUCAAAAGAACCAUUGUUGCAUCCAUUCAUCAACCUAGUAGUCAGCUUUUUCAACUCUUUCAAGACCUUUGCCUUCUCUCUUGCGGUGAAACUGUAUAUUUUGGCCCCACUUCUGCAGCUACAAAGUUUUUUGCUUCACGUGGCUUUCCUUGUCCACCUCUCCACAACCCUGCUGACCAUUUCUUGAGGAUCAUAAACAAGGAUUUCAAAAUGGUCGAAGAAGACUGUUUCCACAUAGGAAUGAAGAAUGAAGAUACCGUUAAGAUCCUUGUGAAGUUUUAUUCAUCAUCUAAAAUUAGUAAGCAAGUUCGGAAGGAAGUAGCAACAAUAUGUGAAAAAGAAUAUGGUUUUGUGGAGAGGAAAAGAAGACAAGCUUCGUUUAUAACUCAGUGCAACAUUCUUUUGAGAAGAUCUUCGCUACACUUAUUUCGUGAUGUAAGCAAUUACUGGUUACGCAUAGCAAUCUUUAUCAUAGCAGCUGUAAGUCUGGGCACUAUCUUCUUAGAUGUCACUUCAAGUGAUGCAUCAAUUCAGGCUAGAGGAUCUCUGGUCUCUUUUGUUGCAUCAGUCCUAACUUUCAUAACCCUUCUUGGUGGAUUCCCCCCAUUUGUGGAGCAAAUGAAGGUAUACCAGCGUGAGAGAUUGAAUGGCCAUUAUGGUGUUUCUGCAUUUGUGAUCAGCCAAACACUAUCUCCUGUUCCAUAUGUGCUAUUAAUGUCACUGAUUCCGGGAGUAAUAGCCUACUACCUCUCUGGACUCCACAGAGGCUUUGAACGCUUCAUGUACUUCUCUUUUGUGUUAUUUGCAUGUGUGAUGUGGGUUGAAAGCCUCAUGAUGGUUGUUUCAAGUGUUUUCUCCAACCCCAACAUGGGAAUCACAAUCUGUGGUGGAAUUGUGGGAGUGAUGAUCCUAACUGCUGGGUUCUAUAGGCUGCCAAAUGAUCUUCCAAAACCAUUUUGGAAAUAUCCCAUGUACUUUGUUUCUUUUCAUAAGUAUGCAUUCCAAGGAUUGUUCAAGAAUGAGUUUCUGGGAUUAACGUUGGCUAGAGAUCAAGGUGGAGACAGAGGCACCUAUAUUGGUGAUAAAGAGAUACUGAGAAAUAUAUGGCAAGUGGAAAUGGGACACAAUAAGUGGGUUGAUCUUGCUAUCAUGUUUGGGAUAAUUGUUUUUUAUAGGGUCAUGUUCUUGGCAAUCACCAAGAUUAAAGAGAAGAUAAAGGCUUGAAAGCCCAAAUGUUAAUAAGUGUUUAGGCUUGCAUUGGGUUGGGAUCAUAUAUUUGGAAUUGCACUGCAUCAGUACCAGGCCACCAGCACCAAACGUCCAAACCCUUGCUAGUUUUGCAAUGCAAUGACAUGGGCUUAUUUAAAGUAAAUGAAACUUGAUGGGACCAAUAACACAUACAUGACCAUGAUCAUGUUCAGGCCUAGUGGAUAGGAGGCCUGGUUUGAUUGGCAAAUGAAUUGCCUCCUAAUUGCCCACACCUAGGUUUGAGGUUUAUGAUCCUCAAUUCCUCCCCAAUGAGAUUUAAAAAAAUAAUUUUAUAAUAAUAAAAAA